UUUGUUGUGUCAUGGAUAAUCAUAAGUAGAGAAGAGGAUCUUAUGUAGUUUCAAUGAACAUACUUUAAUGGCGACUACUUUGAUGAAUCAGCGGUAGAAAUGUCAGUUUAUUCAUAGAGUUUAGUUUGCUAAGCUGUUUUGAAGGGAUUUAUUAGAUUCCAAUGAAUCGUUUCGGACAAUAGCAGAUUCGGUUUGUUCUCUUGCGAAUUUGCAAUAUAAGAAAGCAUUUAUAUCAAUCGAUAAGUUGGGCUGAAAGGUUGAGCAAAGCGAAGUGACUUCCUUGUCGCAGAAUUCUUGUCGAAGGUGUUCACAGAAGUGCUCAACAUCAGGAUGUCUGCUUCUACAAUAUCCAGCGCUAAACUUCAAGAUGACAUGAAUAGUAUACCUUUGGCUGACGACGAUCCUCAAGUAAUCAUUCCUGAAGAAGAAAUUCUUGAUAAUGUAUCACACAUGUCAGAUGCUCUUGCCCAUGGACGUAGUAUGGAUUCGAUUCCAUCUACUUUCACUAAUGGAAGCAGCAGCCCUAACAUCUAUCUUGCAGGCUUAGACCCAGAUAUAAGUCCAGACGAACAAGAAGAAAAGGCUAGACUAAUUGCCCAGGUCUUAGAACUACAAAACACUCUCGAUGAUUUAUCACAGAGAGUGGAUAGUGUAAAGGAAGAGAAUUUAAAACUGAGGAGUGAAAAUCAAGUAUUGGGUCAGUAUAUUGAAAAUUUAAUGUCAGCUUCAAGCGUUUUUCAAUCGACCAGUCCUAAAUCGAAAAAAAAGUGAAGUAGUCGACAUAGUAUUAAAAGGAACAUAUGAGCAGGAGCAAGGCCUUGCAGCCAUUAAUUUUUUUUUCUUUUGAUGAAAGAUGCACUGGACAAAAUCGGUUACUAAAUAUUUUAACAUGCAAUCUUGCAAAUAUCCUGCUGGAUCACCCUGUUUAUGUGGAACAAGAGAUAUAAUGUGAAAGAAUAAUUAUACUUGAUCUGCAGGUCUCUGUAUUAUUCAACUUCACAUCACUUGACCUUUAUCUUUAUGUGAUAUGCGACUUUUUUUAAAUAUUUUGAGUCACGAUUCAUUUUUUUUGAGAACGUUGAAAAAUAAAGCUCACCGUUGUGUUAGCAUAUGUUGUGUCUGGAUAACUUACGAAGCUUUAAGCUUAAAGAGUGAUGUGCUUGAUAUUAAUAUGGGUCACCAAAGAUUCUAAUUCACAUUUAUACAUUUUUUACAACCACGCUUGCUUGGAGGCUUCUCAUCUAUGUAGUUGGUAAAUAGCAUUACGUUAAAAAGAUAUUGUAAUAAUAAUCAGGAUUUAUCUCAUUGCAUUAGCAGCUGAUUCAGGGUAUGAAAUAUAUUUUAUGAAUAUUUAUUUUUCACUGCUAUUAGAAAUGGCUAAAGGAUAAAACAUCAAUAUUGAUAUAUGUAAUAAUUUUGUUCCCUGAACUGAGUGGUGUAACUGAUUCGUACAACGAUGUAUGAGUAAAUACUAUUAUAAUAUUCAAUGAAUCUCAAAGGGUAUUAUUAAAAAGAAAUAAUGAUUUUUCACAUAGUUUCACACUGCUCGGUUCGAGGUGUACGUUUAAAGCAAAAGCCUUUGAUAGAAUUCGAAAAAUACUGAAUAAAAGAUCUAGAAGGCAAAUCAUUAUUUGGCAGCCUUUGGAUUAACGCUUUCAUAUAGCCUGUUCUUCGUCUUACAUUCCAUGUUCUCUAUUUAUCCAAUUCUCUCAUGGGCUUUUAAAUAUUAGAUUCAAAAUUUCAUGACCAAAGGGCGGAGGCGGAAAAGGUGAUUGCAAAGCGCGAAUACGCCUCACGCUAUUUAACAAAUAAAAAUUAAAUAUUUCAAAUUUAAGCUUUGCUUAAGAAACUUUAUAUAUAUGUAUACAUGUAGGUGUACAGAAGAGAUAUAAAUCAAUAUAAUAUAUAUAUACACAUAUAUAUUAUAAUUACUCAAGUUGAAUGACGAAAAAUAUUCUGUCGAAGAUUUCGAUAUUAGCACAUUAGGAUUUGCAUUACCUGCGGAUCGUAGAAGUUUUACAAGAAAUUAAAAGUCCCGCGUUUACUUGGACCGUUUGGCAUGCUGUAGGAGUUCAUCUAUGGUGUGUCUAAUAAUUAAUAAAAGUUAUCUAAGCUGCCGAGUAAGGCUACAGAAAUUCUCAACAAAACAAUUCGAACUCAUGAACACAAAGCGAAGUGCACAAUCCGAAUAUAUUCUGUUGUUAAGUGACACGAUGAUGUAAUGAACAUUACACAUUCUAUGGCUAAUACAAA